ACUGCUGACAUUAAGACAGAUUCAAAAGUCUCAGACAAGACCAGUUGUUCGACAACCACUUCUGGAGAAUAGUGGGACAUCAUUAGACCUUUUAGCAUGUGUCGAUCACUCGAGCAUCUGCCAAUCACCUGUCUGGAAAGGGCAAAGGAGCUAAAAGCUCGGUUUGGAAGUUUUCUCCUCAAGCAAGAGCUGUACAUGGGCCAUUCUCAUAAAACCGACAAACUAUCUCAGGAGGACAGACACAAAUGGAGUCAGUCUUUCCACGACCUCCUGGCUCACAAAGAUGGACUGUGUGCAUUCAGAGCGUUCCUUUCAUCUGAGUACAGCGAGGAAAACAUUGCAUUUUAUUUGGCCUGUGAGGACUACAAGAACACAAAGCCCUCGUCCAAGCUGUGCGCCAAGGCCAUAAAAAUCUAUGAGGAGUUCAUUUGCAGUGACGCACCGAAAGAGGUUAAUCUUGACCACGAAACCAAAACAAUCACCAAGAAGAAUAUGGAGGACCCCACCUUCACCUGCUUUAACCUAGCCCAGAGUAAAAUUUACACCCUGAUGGAGAAAGAUUGCUACCCUCGUUUCCUCAAGUCAACAGUCUACCAGGAACUCAUCACACAACAUGUGGGCUAAACAACUCAUGGCUGAAGCGCAUCCGGAUCUUGACACAACAGCAUUGGAAUGUGUCACGGACAAACACAGCGUUUGUGGGACGUUACGGGCUGGUGAAAUAUCUGACUCUGUUUCAUGAGGUUCAGAAACCCGAACACAAAAAGCAGACUGGAAAGUAGCGUGAUGCUCAGGCUUUGGAAAUAUGAAAAUAUUGUUUCUAUGAAUACAGUAAUGAAGCGCACAAGAAGGUCAAGUUUGUACUGUAGCACUGUGAAUGUGUAAUGACUUUUGCACUUUUAUGGUUUUUUGUCUUUUAUGUAUGUGUUUUGUAUUGCCUGAUGAGUAUUUAUUUCGACUGAGUUACAUUGCGAAUACUUUUAUUUAUAUUGAAUGAAUGAAUGUGGGUUAUUUAUUGAACAUUCCUGUGAAACGAAAACUAUAAAAAUGUUUGAAUAAA